ACCUCCCCUCAAACGCGAACACAGACAAGUCUCUGUUGAUGUCACCAUCAAUGAUGGCAUAUGACUGAGACAUCCACUUCAAGAGGCAGCGUCACAGGGAACAUCUACUUUGAACUAGACUUAUUCCCAUUUUAUUGAAAAGCUCCCAAAGGAAGAAACCUGGAAUGGUAUAAGAGGUCGAGCACUGGAUGGACAACAGUGUGGAAGAAGUGCUUUCAUGAUUGGGAUGCAUGUAAAAGUGCGACAAGUUGUUUUUUGAUCAAUUGUUCAUUCAACUUUUGGACUCUUAGUAACUAAAACUGAAAGAAAUGUCCUCAAAAUAAGGUGUGUACUUGAACAAUGCCUCCUCUUUCAUAAUGAGGACUGUCAUCUGAUUUGGAAUGCUGAUAUAUCCGAUAAGCUCGCAUAUCUGAGCUGGAGGGUCAGUGUUGCACAUCGGCAGGAGAGAGAGAGAGCUUCUCUUCGGUGCACUAAGCCUCAUCACCUUACCUGCAGACAGGAGAGCGAGAGAGAGGGAGGAGGAAGAGCAAAGGGAAAGGAACAUCCAGUUCUAGACCAAACAAGUUUGCAAAACAUGAGCAAAAGGGAUUUAGGUUCAAUGAGGACAUUGGUACGGUGCCAGAUUCAAGAUCGCUACGAAGACUGAAAACAUCACAGGGUGAGGUCAGGAUAGCGGAUUUGUGAGUGCCCCCCAAAAAGAAGACAGAGCCAGACAGACACAAUUGAAGAGACAGACAAGAAAAGAUGCCUGAAAACAAACAGACAAUCCAGCGGACUGGAAGCUAUCUCUCUCACUCUGCUUACAGGAAGAUAAAAAGGGUGCUGAGCUUCAGAAGACGUGUAUUUGGUCAAAGGUUGGAGGAGACAGUCCUGUAUGAGAGGAGGUAUGGGGAUCACAUGGCUCCUUUGGUGGUGGAGCAGUGUGUUGAUUUCAUUCGAGAGCAGGGGCUCACAGAGGUGGGACUCUUUAGGCAGCCCGGCCAGGCCACUCUGGUUAAAGAGCUACAGGAAGCUUUUGAUGCUGGGGAGAAACCAUCUUUUGACAGCAGCACAGAUGUCCACACAGUAGCAUCUUUGCUAAAAUUAUACCUCAGGGAGCUGCCUGAACCUUUGGUGCCGUUUUCCCACUAUGAAGAGUUUCUUGUAUGUGGCAAAAGAAUCCCCUCAGACAGAGAAAAGGGUUUGCAAGACUUGAGGAGUCUCCUUUAUGAGCUACCUGUAGCAAACUUCAACCUCCUGAAAUACAUCUGCCAAUUCUUAAAUGAUGUGCAGUCAUACUCCAAUGUCAACAAGAUGAGUAUCCAGAACUUGGCAACAGUUUUUGGGCCAAAUAUCCUAAGGCCCAAAGCGGAGGACCCAGAAAGUAUCAUUGGAGGGGCAGCAGUUGUGCAACAUCUAAUGUCUGAACUGAUCCGUGAGCACAGCUUGCUCUUCUCCAGAGAGAACUGCAACCCUCCUGAAACGUCUUUACAAGCCGCCCUCCCCAUACAAAGACACAGUAACCUUGUGGAAUGGGUGCACGAACCACCUGCCCACAUGAGGCAACCUCUGUUGAGCAAAGAUCAAAUGGUCCUUCGAGACCAGACUGUAGCCUGUCCACAUGAACACUCUCUAUCGUUAAACACAAAGAGGAGAGGGUCUUUUCAAAGCCCUUGUAACAAAAACAUUGCCCACCCAUCAGAGGCAGAGCAACAACGUGAAGAGAACUCUUCACCAACCAGCUCUGCUCUGAUUUAUGACAACUACAGUCAGAACAGCCCAGCACAAGAAUCUCUCAAUACAAGGCAUGUACCUACACCCUCAACCCCACUACCUGUCACUACUGCCUGCUCUUCUUUGAGCAAAGAACUGGAAGCUGGAGUUCAAAUGUGUAUGCAGUCAAGGAGCUGGCCUGACAUCGAAGAACUUAGCUGUGGACCAGAAAAAGCGCUAGGGAAAAGUGGAGGCAGCAGUGAAGCCCAAGAUAGUACCUUAUCUGUCUAUGACAACAUAGUUACUAAGGAGCAGGGGGAGCAAUAUAUAGAGGACAGGGAGGCCAAAGGUACUGCCAAUGUGGCUGAGAGCAGCAGCUCUUGGUCCUCUUGUGAGAUUGUGCCUUUGGAUGGGGGCAGUGGGAGCGGUGGAGCUGCAAGCCCUCGCAAUGUCUCCCCAGAGCAGUUCUCCUCAUUCAGAAUGGACUCUAGAGAGGAAGAGCUUUGCCCUAACUCCCCUGCCUCAUCCUCUGCUCCUACAGAUGCACCUUUAAGCACCGGCAGCAGCGAAGUCUUUUUACCAAAUGCUCCCCAAGAGCUCCUGGGCUUUCCAGCUUCCCAUGCAAUGCAGUGCCUUGUUGCAGGGCUUCGUCAACAGAUGACCAGACAAAAGGCGGAGUACGAGGCAAAAAUUAACAGGCUGGAGCAGAGGAACAAGGUACUUCAGGGGGAAGUUGCAGGGCUUCGCUCAACUCUGGAGCAGCAGCGGCGCUGGGUCAGUGUGUCGGAGAUCAAAAUGAGAAAUGUAGAGCGAGCCCGUGUAGAUGCUGAUAGACGGAACACCACUCUGCAACAGGAAAUGGAGCAGUUUUUCGAAACAUUUGGCGAGCUUAACGCAGAGGCCCGGAAAACCAGUCGCAUUGUUCAGAGUUUUUGAAACAUUCACGUGCUGUGCUACAAGACCAGUCUUAGUAGCAUAUUAAUGUUUAAUUGUUUUAAAGCAGUGUUUUUUAAACUCUGGUCAUGGGAGCAUCCCCAGUAGCAUACAUUUUCGAUGUCUUUGUUAUUCGAUACAUCCAUUUCAAGUCGGGGAAUUUCAACUAACACACCGAGGAGUGGAAUUAGGAAGACAUAAAACAUGUUCAGUGUUACAAGUACUCCCAAGUCAAGGGUUGGGAAACAGCUAUAUAGUAAUAACUGUUAUAAAAAAAACAAAAUAAAAAAAAAAACAGGACACUUUUUCAGGGCUGUAGAAAUGAGGAUGCAUUCCUGAGGGAAACCAUUGCCCCACUUUCAAGAACAGUUCUGUUGCCUGAACGGAUGUGGAGACCAGCAUGCUCCAAAUAAUACUAAAGGCAAUUUUUUUGCCAUUUGAGUGAUCAAAGACUGUGGAAUGAUCCAAAGUAAGAUAAAAUUUCAUGUCUAGUAAGCAUGGAUGUCAUAUUCGAGACAAUAGAUUCAAAUGAAAACUUGUCAGUAAGCAUUUUAUUUAAUUGGAACCUGUGUAGGUAACGCAACACACAGUCAUACCUUGUACACAAACAGUUCAUACUCUGAAUGCAUUUGUACCAUAUUAAAUAAAACAUAAAACAAACAGUA